AACCACCCCUCACCAACCCCGGAGCCCAAGGGAAAAAAAACAAUGUCCCGCUCCUUCAACGGCUGCAAAAGAUGUAAAGCCCGCCGUCAGAAAUGCGACGAGCAACGUCCAUCCUGCACCCGCUGCGCCACAGCCAACGUCCCCUGCCGCUACGCCAUGCAGUUGCAAUGGGGAGGACGGGCGUUUUCGCGCUCGCGGUUUGGCGCCUGUAUGGGCGAUGGUGGGAUGCAGAGGUUGGAGUAUUCUCCGGGGGAGUUUAUCUAUACUACUGAGUCUGCCGCCACCUCAUCAUCGCAAACCCUAUCGCGACCAGUCGACCCCUUCUCCAGUCUCUCCACCGACCAAAAGUCGCUACUUCACCACUUUCUCCGCGAUGCGUCGCAGAUCACAGCCUGCCAUCCUAGCAUGCGCCACGAGAUCUGCCACAUGCUGGUUCCGAGAGCCCUACAGACUCCGUCUUUGCUAUACGCUACGCUAGCGCUAUCAGCCAUCCACUUACAGGCUUUGCGCAAUCAAUCCGAAAACGUCAAGUCCGCGCCGCAUAUCGCCCGUCUGGUCGCAUUGAGUCUGGAGCAUUUUCGCACGGAGCUGCAGACGACUCCCCAGGGUAAGGGAUCCUCUGAUGUCCUCCUCGCGACGGCCCGCACGCUGUGUCUAGCGGAGAUACACUCCGGCGCUAUUCAUCCCCACUCAUGGCGCGCUCACAUAGAGGGCGCUAGGGCGUUGAUGAUUGCCACUGAGCCAUCAUCUGCAGAAGGAGAAGGAGAAGGAGAAGGAGAGAGCGAGUUCCGUCGCUAUCUCGAUAGAUGGCAUCGCUCGAUCGUCUCAUUGACUGCGUUGACGGGUAAUGGGCCGCCUAUUGGGGAGGUGGAUGAUUUGGGUGGGUUGAUGAUGGAGGAUAGUCCGGACUAUCUAGAUGAUUAUUGGGGGUUUACGGUUCGGUUGGCUGCUGUUUUUAGGGGGAUUGGGGAGGUUGCGUGGCGUGCUCGACAGGGGGUUUCGUCUACGACUACAGUGGGGGGUAGAGAUGUGGACUGUGAGACUGGUCAAAUGGAAGAGCAAGAUGCAGACCACGAUACAGAGCAACAUCCAGAGACAGCUACAGACCCGCCUACAGACACAGCAAUAUUGCAAGAAACCAACACCCUCGAAUCCACCCUUCACAACCUCAUCUCCCAAACAACAACCCACCCACCAACCUUCUACCCCGGCGUCGCCCCCCGCCUAACCCCAAUCUGCAAGCACCAACUCACCCUCUGCAACACAGCCUUUCAACACAGCGCCCUCAUCCAAAUCCACCGCCGCCUCCACCGCACCCCCUCCUCCUCCCCAGCCGUGCAAUCCUCCGUGAAGCGCAUCCUAGCCUGCACAGCCGAGAUCGGCCCCGCCCCCGGCCUCAGCCCGUGGGUGCUCCUCACGACGCCGCUGUUCAUUGCGGGGUGUGAGGCGCGUGGGGAGGAUAGGGAUUGUGUAAGACGAUUGUUGCAGCAGCUGUAUGAAACUAUUCGCGUGCCAAAUGUGGUGCAGGCGUUGCGGUUUUUGGAGAUGUAUUGGGCGGGGAGGCAGGUGGAUGGGGAUGAGGGGUGGAAUGAGUUUCUGGACCGCAUGAAUAUAGACUUCAUCCCGUAUUAA